AUGACUGACCCCAUCGUCCCUCACGGGAGGGAAGUGGACGCCGUUGUGGAGCUCGCGCGGCAAGUCUCGCGGCGGCCCUCGCGAGCAGUGCCGGAGGAAGACAAGAGUCCAGGCGGCGCAGAAAAGCGCGUCUGGAGGCGCGUUCGCGAGUUCUGGACGCAGACGGAGCUGGAGGUGGAGGAGCGGGGCGCGCAGACGGAGGCGAUGCACAGGCAAACGAAAAAGCAGGGCUUUGCCGCAGCAGCUGCUUUCUUCGGAGCGAAGAAGGACAAGGGAGCUGAUGGCCGGAACAGGACCAUGAAUGACCUGGAAGGCAUGAAAGCCCGAGCCAGAAAGGCGCUGAUGAAACCGCAAUAUGAUGUCAUGAACUUCUACAAGACGGAGGGCUGCUUCCAGGCGAUCGCUAGGUCGAGCCUGUUUGACCAGCUGACGGUGGCGGUCGUCUCCCUGAACGCCAUCUGGAUUGCCGUUGACACGGACAACAACGACGCGGUGCUGGUGAGCGAGGCCGAGCCUGUCUUCCAGGUCAUGGAGAACGUGUUUUGCGCUUACUUCUUUGCAGAAAUCGCCAUCCGCUUCUGCGCCUUCGAGCGGAAGAAGCACGCAUUCAUGGACAAGUGGUUUAUCUUUGACUUUCUCCUCGUGUUGAACAUGGUUAUUGAGACAUGGAUACUGCCGCUUGUGCUUUCAUUCCUCAGCGGGGAAUCCGCAAACACCAUCGACGUCUCGAUGCUGCGAAUGCUGCGCCUGGUGAAGCUCACUCGGCUGUCACGCAUGGCCAGAGUUCUGCGCUCUGUCCCCGAGCUAGCGAUCAUUGUGAAAGCCAUUGGGCUCUCCGCGCGGUCGGUCUGCGUCUUCUUCCUGCUUUGGCUGGUCUUGAUCUACGUCUUUGCUGUGGUGUUCAGGCAGCUGACGGACGGAGACGACCUAGGUUUGGCGUACUUCAGAAACGGAGGGCCCAAUGCGCCAUACACCAGGAUGGACACCCUCCUCAUGGAUGGCAUUCUGGCGGACUACGCUCCCCUCCUGCACGUGGCUGCUUGGUGGUGCAUCAUGCUUUUCUUCGUGCUCCUGGCCGCCAUCACCAUCAUGUACAUGCUGGUGGGGGUGCUUGUUGAAGUGGUCGGUGCUCUUGCACAUGCAGAGACUCCUGGCGAAGUGGGCUAUGUGGCUUCUACCCUUCGUGACAAGAUGCAAAACCAUGGGCAUGAUACCGAGUCGCCUCUCAGCAAAGCCGAGCUCCAGGGCAAGCUGCAUGUCCUGACCACCACCUCCCACAACUGGGCUGUAGUGCACUACCGCUGUGAGGAUGCAGAACGGAGUGGAGCCUCCAUGAACUUCGAGAAGCUGCAUGGCUCAGAAGUUGACCCCGUCGUGUUCUAG